AUGUCAUUUUUUAAAAAACAGGGUUAUGAAUUCUUCUCCUGCUUUCUCUUUGCAUAGAACAACGAUCCUACAGGCUCGUGUUGGACUUGAUCUCUCUGAAGACCCAGAAGAAAACGUUGCUGAAGGUCUUUCCAAAUUGUUCCACAAGUGAGACAUCUUUUUCUAUGCAUCCACAUUUCGGGCGGAGGGGGGGAGGAAUAAGGGGAAAAAAAUCUGGCCAUGAUUCACAAAUGACCCACUCAACGAGCACCAAGAACACCAACGACCCCUGUCAUGUUUUAGCAUUCCACUAACAAGCUUAAAAGGACAGGUGAGGAAUAGCGAUAAGCCACAAAACAGCUCAUACAAAGAGAAAGGAUUCAAGAUUAAAGCAGGAACCUGCAUCUUUGGGAAGAAGACCUAAUGGAAGCAACACAUUGGCUUUGUAUUUGUGGACUGAUCAUGGCAGCCUUACUCCCAGUUGGCUGGCAGAUGGUCCUGAAAGAUUCAACCAAUGAGUCUAGGUGGCAGUCUUAUGAAAGGGAAAGUGCCCAGAGCUUUACUUCAAACGUCAAGAGACAUUCCGAAGGCACCUUCACCAGUGAUUUUACCCGACAUCUGGACAAUUUGAAAGCCAGGGAUUUUGUGCAUUGGCUCAUCAAUACCAAACGCUACAGCUUUUCAAAGAGGUCCAUUAAAGAAAAACCCAAGACCUUGAAGUACCCCUCUGGUGUUGCCUGUUGGAAAAAAGAGAUAUGACCGAAAGAGGACUCCAAGAGAAGGCGUGCUCCCCGGCUUUAAUAUCUAACUGCAGCCUGCACUGAGAUCUCCCGUUUGAAAUGUCACUCUUUUGCUUUUCCGUGUUUUCGGCGCAAACCAGAGAGGCUGAUUUAAUUUGCUGU